AUGUCCUCAGCAACUUCCACCACCUCUUUGCCCAAAGGCCUGGCUGUCCUGACAACUUUCCCAGAUGUGCUCUUCAUUCCUGAAAUCGUCUUUGGGAGCCUUGUAUGGAUCCUGGUGGCAUCCUCGAGGGUCCCAUUACCCUACUUCCACGGCUGGGUGAUGUUUGUCUCUGUGUCCUGCUUUGUCAUGUCCAUCACUCUCCUGUGCUUAUAUGUUGCUGGGGUGCAUGGGGGCAGAAGCUCCUGGGUCACCUUGGAUGUCAUCUGCCAGGAGAUAGCAGCUCCGUUCUACCUCAGUGCUGCUGUGUUGGAAGCUGGCUUCCUCAGCUUGAUCUCCUCUAGCACUAGAAAUAUCAUCUACCAGGAGAACGUUGCUGCUUCGGUAUUUGCAUUCUUGGCUACCCUGGUAUAUGUGAUCCAUAACGUGUUCUCGCUCCAGCGAUGGAAAUCGUCCUAA